UUGACAGGUCUCAGAAUCGCGCUGUUAUUUCUAUUGUGUAAAGUGUCAAUACAGUUCUAAAGAUUUCAGACCAUUGCCACAGUACAAGCAGUAGGAAAAAACGUGUUCGUACGCAAGUAACUUUUAGUAUCGUAGUGUAUUUUUUUGUAAAAAUGUUAGCGUUUGGAAAACUUUUCGUGUUUGGAAUUCUUACCACAUUUGCAUGCUGUGUUCCAAUGGGGUUGCACAAACCGCGAGAAAAAUUCCAACCGCAACCAGCUACUAAAGGUCCGUGUGCUAAAGAACUUUUUAUAUCGGAGACAGAAAAAGAAUUUCCAAACGAAAAUUGCGAGGGUCUUGCAGAAAGCGAAGAAGAAGACCCUCUAGAGGAAUAUAAGUUUAGAGAAAAUAUUGAGAAAAUGGCAAAUCAAGAAGAAUUCGAACCAACAGAACCAUCUCUUGAAGAAAAAACACUUUCAACUGAAGAACCAGUACAGAUUGAAAUUGAAGAAUUUACAAAAGAAGAAACUAACGAAGAAAACAAAGAGCCGGAAAAAAAUAUUGCUACCGAAAAAGAUGAUGAACAAGAUUUAUUAAUAAGUGAAGAAGUUAACGAUGAAAACGAGAGACAGCACAAAAAUAAAGAAGAAAAACUUCAAGAGAAAUCAAUCCAUACUCCAGAAUACGUGGAAACUUUGGCAAAGGCAAACAAUGAGGAGAGUAACAAUGCUGAGGUAAAGACUGUUCUCAUUGGCAACGAAGAAGUUGAUGUUAAAGAAUUACAAGCCAAAGAAAAUGAAGCUAAAAAUAGUGAAGACGUUGCUAUCAAAGAAAACAAUAAUAAAGAAGCCAAAGAUACUCCAGCAGAAACAGAAUUUACGGUUAAAACAAUAAAAACAGAAGAAAAUCCUGUUGAAAAAGAAGAAUAUAGUAAAGAAAAAACAAAUAUUGAAGAGAAAAAUUUAGAAGAAAAACCAGUUGAAAAAGCAGAGCAUAGUGAAGAAAAACCAAUUGUUGAAGAAAAACCAAUUGAAAAAGAAGAACAUAGUGAAGAAAAAGCAGUUAAUGAAGAAAAAAUUUCAGAAGAGAAACCAAUUGAAAAAGAAAAACAUAGUGAGGAAGAACCAAUUGUUGAAGAAAAAAAUUCAGAAGAAAAACCAAUUGAAAAAGAAGAACAUAGCAAAGAAGAACCAAUUGCUGAAGAAAAAAAUUCAGAAGAAAAACCAGUUGAAAAAGUAGAACAUAAUGAAGAAGAACCAGAUGGUGAAGCAGAAAAUACAGAAGAAAAACCAGUUGAAGGUAAAGAACAUAGUGAAGAAAAACCAGUUGCUGAAGAAAAAAGUAUAGAAAAAAAUCCGAUUGGUGAAAUUGAAAAUAAAAGCGACAAAUCUGUAGUUAAAGAAGAUAACUUAGAAGAAAAGCUAAUCAUUCAAAAACAACACGAACAAGAAAAACCAGAUCAAGAAGCAAAUAAUGAAGAAAAGCCUGCUGUUGAAGAAGAAAACAAUAAAGAAAAAGUCGACGAAGGCGAAUAUAAAGAAGAAAAGUAAGAGACAAAAAAGUAAAAUACUAAAUCUUUAAUUUAAUCAAUAAGUGACUAAAAAUUAGAAGUUUUGCUUUAGAUAGAAAUUUGUUUUGUUUCUGUCACACUUUGUUAAUAAAAUUUUAAAACUG